AUGGCCGUCAACGCCCUCUUCAAGGCAGCCCGCCACGCGAUUCUACACACGAUGGAUACCGAAGCACAACUCCCCACGACGACCUGCCUAGAAGGCGCAAUCCCCGUCCUCAGCGGCCUCCCCGCCCUCCUCGCCAAUUUCACCCUCUCCGACUUCACCAUCAAGACCACCACCGGCUCCCUCGCGGUCCACCGCGUCCUCCUCUCCCUGCACUCGAGCGUCCUCGCCAAAGCCUGCGACGGCGAUUUUCGCGAGACGCCACAAGCCUCCAUCGACCUCGUCCAUGAGCCGGCUGCUUGCGUGAAGGCGAUGGUGCAUUACAUGUAUCAUUUCGACUAUGACCUUCCUGAGGAUGAGGAGGUGAAUGCUUCGGUGUUUCAUGUCGGGAUGGCUUUGAUUGGGGAUAAGUAUGAUGUUGCGGCACUCAAAGACGCCGCCUCCAUCAAGUUCAAAGCAAGCCUCCCCACCACCGCCGACGGAGCAGAUGCUUUUGCCGAAACCCUCGACUUGGCCUAUGACAAUGCUGUCGCUCUCCGGGAUCUCUGCAAGUAUCUCGUUACCUUCGCCCUUGACAACUCGGAGGUCGGCGUCAGUGCGCAGUUUCACCCGGCGCUCAAGAAGGUCAUGCAGAAGCAUCCAGAUCUCGCUAUGAAUGUCACGGAGGCGAUGUAUACCCGAAUGAAGGAGAACGAGGCACAGUACAGAAAAUACGAUUGUCCACAUUGUGACCGGGCCGAAGUCUUCAUCGGAGACUUGCAAGCGCACACCUACUAUAAAUGCAGGGGCUGUGAGUGCCGCUAUAGUGGACAAAUGUGGCGUUCCACGUCCAAAUAA